UGCACUUAUCAUGUUCUCCUCCCAAAGUGACAUCGCAUAUCUGGAAGUGGCAAAAGACGACGCGAGCACGUACGAGAAAGACUUAACCGACCGAGAAAAGAUUCGACACUCGCUUCCCAAGGUCAUUCUCUUGAUAAUCAUUGCCAUUAUCGCCAUCUUUGCCACAGUGUACAGCGCCGUGGAAGCGGCUAUCAUUCGGCAAGCCCACAUCAGAUCCAACGAUGAUGGGCGAAUCAUGAUAUCCAACAGCACCAUCUCAAUGUCAGAUCAAAUCGAGGAACAACCGAGACCACCGUACGAGUCUUGCGGCCAUAAUCCCACCGAGGCUCGGAGAAGGGGCUGCAGCUUCGACAUCAGCUCUUUCGCAUGGCUCACACCCGAGUGCUACAAUGAUGAGUUGACUCAGGACUUUAUCUCGUGGUCUAAUUGGACAUGGUAUACCAGCGAAGAUUCCAGCGACAACACACAACUUUCUUUCGAUACAGCUAUGCUGGGUGAGCAAGAUACCUUCGUGGACUGGAGAUAUCACAUGGUACACUGCACCUUCAUGUGGAGACUGCAGCACUUGUCGAUGGAAAACGGCUGGGUUGGUCGCCAUCUUGUGAACUUCGAGCACACGAUGCACUGUCAGCAUGCUCUUCUCAUGGAUGCUUAUGAUAACCGAGACGUGAGGACUCCAGCGUACGUUAUGUACCCGCGCUGUCUCGAAGUCGGCAUGACCAAGGGCAUGUAUCCUGGUCCGUCUAAGAGGUGA